CAACACUGUAUUACCUUUCCGACUUUUCUCCAUGAGCAAAUGGACAGAUAAAUCUGAUAUAAAAUUUAAUUCAUCUUUAUUAUUUUAAAAAUUAUUUGUUGUACGCAUCACAUCAUCUAUCGUGCAGGGGCGUACGUCUUUUUGUGUUAAAAUGAUUGAGUUUACCAUAAAGACUUUGGAUUCUAAUAAUCACCACUUUUCCGUGGAUGAUGAGAUCACUGUGCAGCAGCUCAAAGAAAAAGUCCUAGAACAGUUGGGAAUAGAUAUUAACUUGCAACGUUUAAUUUUUUGUGGUCGAGUAUUACAAGAUGAGAAAAAACUCUCUGAAUAUGAUGUUAAUGGGAAGGUCAUCCAUCUUGUGCAGCGGGCUCCACCAAGUCCGGAAUUCCGGAAUACUGCCUAUUCCGCAACAAAUAAUUCAUCCGCAACAACCGCUCCGACUAACGCCACGAAUGCGGAGGGCAACACUGCCAUGCAACAACAAAUUAGACGGCUCAUGGUGGCGUUAUCUGGUCCUCCGGACUUUGUUGUCGAGCAGCAGCAUGCAAUGUCUCUUUCUCCGACAACUGGGCGACUAGAAUUCAUUCGCCGUAUGAUUGCUGAAAUAAAGUCUACUCUCGCAUGUCUUCGAGGUCAUCACGAAGAAGAGGAGAAUUCUGGUGCACCAGCUAGCAGUGAAGCCCAAGUAGAAUCAAUGGAUAAUGAACAUGUAUCUGCUACGCAAGAAGAGGGUGAACAUGCCUCGCAUGACCAUGGCGAAGAAGUUCCGGAAACUACAAAUAGACCUCAAAAUGUUCGCCGGCGGAAUUACAGGGCUAUAAGAGCGCUACGUGCACGACACUCGCGCCCUCGCGACCUCGGAUAUCUUCUGGAAGAGUUGGAUCAGCUUCAAAUACAGUUCGCGCCCUUUCGGGACAAUUACAUAAGGAUGCUUAAAGCUGUUAAUAGCCCCGAGCCACCGCAGUACACUGAAGAAGAGAGGGAGAAUGCCCAGCGUUUGGUGGAUAUGACGUCAGAUGUAAUACAUAGCUUUUCACACGCUUACCAUGCUAUUAGCGAUAUCCACUUUCAAGUUGGUCAACGGAACCCGCGUCUUACUUCUGAAGCAGUUGUAACGCGCCCCCCAAUACCUGUGCAGGCACACAUAAAUGUGAUACAAUCUAACCGUCGCCAUCAAGCAGCGCAACCGAACUCGACAGCCACUAGUGGUGAAGGGAACGGGGGCUCCACUCCUACUCCUCAGACUGCCACCGGCGUUACACCGUCAGCUCAAGUUAAUACCAACGGUCAGGCGACUCAAGGCGGCCAGCCUUCCGCACAAGCCGGUAGGAAUACUACCCAACCGACUGUCAAUAUAAAUAUACAACCAGACCUCAGUUAUCAAGUAGAGAUAGAGACCAGGGUGCCUAUAGCAUUACCUAUCGAGAAUGCCCUUCUCAAUGAUCUGACAAGCGCGGCUUCGAACAACAGCCAACAACAACCGAAUCAAAAUCAAGCUCAGCCUCCGAAUCAAAGUCAGCAAGGUCAGGCCAAUCGUCGUCAAGUGCUUCUUGAAUUUGAGAAUUUGUUUCGAGGAAUGGGUCAGACUGGGGGCCUCGGUGGUGUCGAGGUUGUUAUGAGUAUGGAAGAAAUUCCGCAGCCAGGAGCUAUUGGUAAUGUGGCUCCUGGCGCUGCUAAUGGGGCCAGUUCUGCUGGCUUCGGCGCAGGAAUUGGAGUAGGUCUUGGAAAUGGCGUUGGAACGGGAAGUGGAGUUAAUAUGGGACCACUUAUAGGAGCGGCCGCGGCUAGUGCCAUAAACGCGACGGCGACUGUCACCGGAGGACUGCCUCAAGGGGAUGGUGGAGUUUAUCUUGCGCCGAUGGCAUGGGGUGGACCAAUGAACGCUGAUCUUCUGCAGAAUAUCGUUUCGUCCGUCAUACGGCAGGGCUUAGUACCUGGAGUAGAGGGGGUUGCAGCUCCAAUGCAAGCACAAGCCCAAGCUCAAGCCCAAGCCCAAGCUCAGGGACCAGCAGGACAGAACCAAACUGGGCAGUCAGCUGGACAACAGCAAUUUCCAACUACGCAGGGUACUGCCGGUAACCAAGAACAAGGGUCUCAGAAUACUCAGCCUAGGCAACCCAGUUUUCACUUGCGUCGAGCUACUACAACCACUCGUGCUCAGGCUGUAUCUUUGGCGAACUUGAUUUACGACAGAUUUCUUCAUUGCGAUAGUUUGCAUGCUCGCCAUCACUUAAUAAUUCGCAGGGAGGAACAUCAGCAACAAAUCGCGGCUCAGGAACGUUUGAGAGCAGAGCGCGCCGCCGCACAAAGUAUAGAAUUGCUGAUGCAGCGGCAGAAUAAUAUCACUGAGGAGCACAUGGAGCUUCUGGUGCAGUUGCUUAGUAGCCCACCAUCGCAAGAAUCUUGGCUGAAUGCAUUUAUGGUCUCUGUUGCUCGUCAUCUGUACAUGUCAGAAGUGAUGCAUCCAGUAUCCGGAGAGCCGGCCCUUAUCCCCCACGAGUUCCAGGCCGUGAGGUUUAUGCUCCGCAAUUACAUACAUGCACUGCUUUCACGAUCAGGCUCUACUGAUGGGGACAAUGCUUUUGAAGCAGUCGCCGACUUCCUCGUCAGUGAACAUGCUGAUUUUAUUCGUGAAAUGCAUUUCAGGACCCCGCUACGGCCUGACGUGGAUGUGUACCUCUCUAUUCGAGCUCUGAUCCGUUCGCGCUUGCCCGCCGUCAUUGCGUCCGUCAUGUGCGACUCAACUUCAGAAACGUUUGUUCCCCGUUUCUACGGCGUCUUUGCACGAGUUUUUGCCGAAAUAUGUACGCUGAUUAAUUAUUUCUGUAUAAAUGGCUUUGAAGGAUUACACUCUAUCUUCAGAUCGUUCUUGGAGCGGAUAGUUCAACACUGUGAUAUAAAUACGCAAGAGAUGUUACUCAAUCUUAGUACUGUCAACCUGAAUGGCGUAGCGGACACUCUAUACUCCACCAGCGUGAUUCGACCGUUUAUACGACGGAAGAAUGGAGUUGCUACUACAUCAUCAUUAGAGUCAAUCGAAGAUCCGACUCCAAUGGAAGUAUCUCCUCCAUCCGCAUUGCAGACCACUGAUACCAAUGAAUCAAUACAUGCCACCAAUGAACCAAUGCAUACCACCCCUCCUCUAACUCCGGCGGUCGUAGAAUCUGUACCGCCUCCUACGACCGAUGAGCCAACAGAAAUUACACCUGAAGUACCGACCGUAGUCGAAUCUGUUGUUGCAUCGACGUCAGGCACUAAAUCAGAAACGUCCACAUCUGAGACCACCGCGUCAUUGAAUCAACCAUCGAUAUCUCGCAGUGUAUCUAAUUUACCAAGGACUUCAAGGUUAGAGAGAACAGAAACAGUGACGUCUACUCAAUCAGCACCCAGCUCACCGUCUAAUAUAAGAUUCGUGCCACCAGUAGUUAUUGUGCAACACUGGGGCGAGGAAUGGGUGCCAGUGUUCACUCGUGACCAACAGACACAGAGAAACGAUUCAGAAGAGGCGUACAGUGACGCUUACUUAUCCGGAAUGCCGUCGAGGAAACGUCGCUGCAUCAGACAGAAUCGGCCGCCCACUACGCUUGAUGGGUUCAUGAAUGAGAGUGUUCGCGAGGCAUCAGAGCGUACUUCAACUAUGGAUGACAGUUCUAUUCGCAUCGCGUUUCGAGAGCACAUGCGUAACAUGGCUCGGGCCCGCGCCUCAAGUUCUGAAGAUUACGAUCCACUACGAUACACUUCCGCUGCAAGAUUCCUCAAUGCACCUAAGUCAAAUACGCCAGAGCAACCUGAAACUGAAAGUAAAGAAAAUGCUUAAAUUAUAAUAAUUUGGAUACUAAUUGAAGAGUUGAUAGUCGUUAUAUAAAAUAUCGUCAUUCAAAAACAUGUUUUUCGUUUGGUUACUGUUAUCAGGCUAAAGGUUUGCAGUAAAUAAUUCACCAUUUUGUAAUGCAAAUAUUUGAUAAAGUGAGUAACAAGGCUUCAUUCAACAGUACUAACUAUGACAUUGCUAAUUAUUGCAGAAUUUAAUAUUUGUUAUAUAUUCUUUAUGUAGCUAAUACAUAGUAUUAUGUUUAUUAAAUUCUCUUAUACAAAGGAUUGUAAUACAUAGAACAUUAGCUUCAUACAAUAUUGCAAAUCUAUGUAUUUUGGGUAUACACCUAUUAGUAAUAGUUAUAUGUUUAUAACUGAAAGUAUGAGUAAAAUAAUAUAGAUGUUUGUUGUCAUCAAGGGUGUAAAAGUUGAUGUGAAUCUUGUUGUUAUCAUAUUAGAAUAACUCUAGUUAAUGUAAUUUAGCAGUGUAUUUAAGUAUAUUUAAACACUUUUAACUAGUACUCGCUAUUUGGCUCAUCCAACAAACUGUUUGGAUAGUACUUGCCUAUUAUUGUACGAGGGUUCCGUCAUAAUAUUAUCCAUAUUAUCUUGUGGAUAUAUCGAGUUAUACCAUUGUAUUGUUUUCUUAUCAUUAUAAGAAAAUCAAUGCAUCUCACUUAUAUACAUCUGUACAUUAUAAAAAGACAUUUUAAAGAAAUAAAUUAUUUAAAGCGUUAUGACAUUUUAAAUUUGUUGUAUUUUACUGUAUCUCAGUAAAUAGGUCAAUUAUAUAUUCAUAUAACAAUUAUUUACAUAAAGUACCUACUGACUUUAAUUUUGCGAUAUACGAUAAGAGAAACUUCAAUCUUUCAAAUUACUAAUUUGAAAAAUUGCCCUUAGUUGUAUAGGAUUUUACAGUAACACCUGAUGACCAUUAUUAUAAUUAUUACAAUUUUAAUCAAUUCAGUCCGACAGUUUUAAUAAUUAUUACUAUUUUUAUAAUUAUAGCCCUAAACAUUAUUUUAUUAUCUAUAUUUUAAUUGUUUAUUUAGUUCUUUGCAUUUUUGUAUUAUUUUGAUAUUUUGAUUUGUCCAAUAAAAUAUUUUUUUUUUAAUAGAUUAAGACUUGUUGUUCACAUAAAGUUUUAAUAUUGUAAUUAACAGUGAUUAGUGUGUAACAAAUUAUGUAUUUGUUUGCCACUUUCUCUAUAAUUAACAAUUCAGGGAAUACACAUGAAGACAUCUACUAUUUAAUAUAUUUAGUAUUAAAAAUAUUUAUAAUAAGAGAGUUAAUUUUGAAUGUGUGAUUUAUGUGUUGCGACACUUUAUCUUUAAUUUAAUGGUAUCAAACGAUAUUAGGGUCCUAUUAAUAAAUCGACAUCGAGAGUAGUAGCGUCUUGAUUGUGCAUUUAGGACGUUAUAAAUAGCAACAAACCUUAAUAAAAUUGUUCUUCUUAAAAACUGAGUGAUUAUUUUCAAUAGCUUUGAUACUUUUAACCGUCUUCUUACAUCGAGGUUUUUAUUUUAGCAUUUUUGUAUACAUAUUACGAGAUAUCGAAAGAUGCUUGUGAAGUAAAUGAUCAAAACCACCACUCUGAGGGUUUAUUUAUUCACAAGAGAAUGUCUUAGCUUUUAAAUGACACGUUGACAGUUUUUAAUUGAAAUAGAAUUUUAAACGCAAGCUCCAUUGUUUUACAUUUGAUAUUGAAUAAUACAAGUAAAUACUAGACAAACCUAAAGACUUUUUUUAUAAAUAAAUUUAUACACAUUUAUAUCUGGAAUGAUUUCGACUAGAUGGUCUAAAUUCCAGUAAAAUUAUAUUAAAAAUUAACUUUUUUACUUAUAUUUAUAAAAUUAUUAGGCGUUUAUUUCAUUACUUAUUUUAUCUGUUAUACUUAUUUAGUUUAUUCAGGUUUAGUGCUUAGCAUUUUUUUUAUUUGUACUUAUAUUAUUCACCUUAUAAUAAUUAGGUAUGUUUAAGCAUAAAUAUGACGGUUGGUGGUGCAUUAUGAUGCGAUGUUUAGUACUAAGCCCGCGUAAACUAGAUACCGUCAAACUCUGUAACUUUGCCUGCUUUUGUUACAUUUUUCGAAAUUCACUACAAAUAUCAUAUUUAGGGAAUGUUAUUAUAACUUAACCCAUUCUUUAUUUUGUUGAAGGAACAAAAAUAAUCAAUAGGUGAUAAAUUCUUUGUUACUAUAUUGGGUUUAGUAGAAAAAAUCUCUUUCCGAGGUAAGCUAAUCCAAUCACAAUAUUUAUUGUUGUAAUAGCCUCAUUUUUGUAUUUGUCAAAGACUAUUUUCAAAAUAUGGUUCAGAGUUCCUUUUUUUUACUGAAUAUAUUUGUAACAGAAAUAUGUUGGAAGCUUGUAGACUCUUGAUUUUUAGCUAAAUUUAUCAAGCUCGAAAACUUGAGAGAGGCGAGGUUAGAGAGUUUUACACUAAUUGUAACAUUCGUUGCCGAUUGUAAUAUAAUUGUACGAAUUAUCUUGGCAUAAUACUUCCACAAACAAUUAUAUUCAUAUCCAAAACAUUAAAAAAUUGUAGUUGAUGUCAAAGUUUUAGAAUAAGUGUCAAAAUCCUGUAGUAUAGAACUUGUAGGCACUUUGGGAUUAUUAAUAUUUAUGUUUUAGCAUAUAAGCAUUAUAUUAUUGUAGACUGAUUGGUCUCUUGCGAUAAUUUCACUACUGCUCACACUGUAAGUAAAUAAUUGUAAAAAAAAAACAACUUUUAUUUAUAUCUUA